UGAAUGGAGAAGGUAGGAGACGAUGUGGUGAAGGAGGAGAUGAGGAGAGGAUGUAGGGCAGCUUCUCUGUAGGGAGGGGCAAGUGGUGACAGAGCAGGGGGCGAGCCAUAUAGAGACAGACAGAGUGAGCGAGGAGCAGCUUUGCAUUGAGGCUGCAGACAGACUAAAGCAUCAGCUGCUAACACGCACGCACACACACACACACACUCACACAGACACACACACAAGCAACGUUCGACAGCAUCAGGAUCGGCAGCUCCUCCAUCUUCCUCCUGUUUGCUGCUGAGAGAGGACAUGGCUACAUAACUCCUCUCCUCUCCUGUCCUCCUCCUCCUCUCAGAAUGCUGGGUGUGUGAUGCGGCGGCUGCGUUGUGGUAGCCAGGAGUCAUUGCUAAGCGCUGGCUGUGUGUCAUCCUUGGAGCUCAGAAUGGACCAGUCAGUGAUCAUCAAACCCGUUCACUCCUCCCUGCUGGGACAGGACUACUGCUUUGAGGUAACGACCUCGACAGGCACCAAGUGCUUCUCGUGCCGUUCGGCAGCAGAAAGAGACAAAUGGAUGGAGAACCUGCGGCGAGCCGUCCACCCAAACAAGGACAACAGCCGCCGGCUGGAGAAUGUGCUGACGGUGUGGGUGAUCGAGGCCAAAGAUCUGCCCGCCAAGAAACGGUACUUCUGCGAGCUGUGUCUGGACGACAGUCUCUAUGCCCGGACGUCGUGCAAACUGAAGACAGACAACAUCUUCUGGGGCGAACGCUUCGACUUCAGCAGCCUCCCCUCCGUCGCCUCCAUCACGCUGCAUCUGUACAAAGACACUGACAGGAAGAGGAAGAAAGACAAGAGCAGCUAUGUUGGCCUGGUAAACAUCCCUGUUGCCACAGUAACUGGCAGGCAGCUGGUGGAAAAGUGGUACUCUGUGAGCACACCCAGUACAAUCCGAGGGAAGUCAUCGGUUCCGACAGUUCGAGUCAAAGCUCGUUAUCAGAGUAUCGUUAUCCUGCCGAUGGAGCAGUACAAAGAGUUCGCAGAGUACAUCAGCUCCAACUACUUGCUUCUCUGCUCCACCCUGGAGGCCUCCAUCAGCCUGAGAGCAAAGGAGGAACUGGCUGCUGCACUCGUGCACAUCCUGCACAGCACUGGCAAGGCUAAGGAUUUCUUGACUGACCUGAUGAUGUCAGAGGUAGACCGUUGCCGAGACAACGACCAGUUGAUCUUUAGAGAGAACACGCUGGCAACCAAAAGUAUUGAAGAAUACUUGAAGCUGAUUGGACAGAAGUACCUACAGGAUGCCCUCGGUGAGUUCAUCAAAGCUCUGUACGAGUCUGAUGAGAACUGUGAGGUGGACCCGUCUCGCUGUGCGACCUCUGACCUCGCAGAGCAUCAAGCCAACCUGAGGAUGUGCUGUGAGUUGGCGUUUUGCAAGAUCCUUGAUUCCUACAGGGUUUUCCCUCGGGAACUGAAGGAGGUUUUUGCGUCAUGGCGUCAGGAGUGCAGUAACCGGGGACGACCGGACAUCAGUGAGCGUCUCAUCAGUGCUUCGUUGUUCCUGCGCUUCCUGUGCCCGGCAGUGAUGUCACCAUCACUGUUUGACCUGAUGCAGGAAUACCCGGACGAGCGAACAGCAAGGACCCUGACCCUGAUCGCCAAAGUGAUCCAGAACCUUGCCAACUUCAGCAAGUUCGGCACUAAAGAAGAAUACAUGUUGUUUAUGAAUGACUUCGUGGAGCGGCAGUGGAGCAGCAUGCAGCGUUUUCUGCAGGAGAUCUCAAACCCUGAUGGACUGAACCAUACAGCUGGCUUUGAUGGAUACAUUGACCUGGGCAGAGAGCUGUCCAGCCUACACACUCUGCUGACUGAAAUCGACCAGGUGUGCCUAUCAAAACUUGGCCCUCUUCCUCGGAUCCUCAGGGACGUGUCAGCAGCUCUUGUGAACCCAGGAGGCAUGGCCAGUGCUGGAGGUGUUUCAUCACCGGAGCCUCAGCGUGUGGUGUCUCCCCCCCCUUUGUCCCCACCUCUGUCUCCGCCCCUGGCAGCCUGUAAUCCCUCAGUUGGCCUGCAGGGUGGCGUGGGACUGGAUGGAAGUAUGGUGGACUUCACCAGACUUCCAUCUCCGACUCCAGAAAACAAGGAUUUGUUCUUUGUCACAAAAGGCUCCAGCCUGCAGCCUGCAUCAGGUAUGCGGGGCUCCCCGGCUCCAAGCUCAUCCUACUCGGAGCCUAAUGAGAACGAUGUGGGGUUUGAAAUGACCAAUGGGGCCCGUAGAGAGGGGCCAGAGCUGACCAAUGAAAGCCGCAGUCUGUCUCUGGUGGACCUGCAGGACUCCUCUCCUGGCGACGGCCUUGAUGACAGCCAAUGGCAGCGAAGGACAGGGCUCCUCCCCCUCUCCUUUCAGAACCCUGUCUAUCACAUGACCACCACGUCACCACGACAACCCCAGCAGCAGACGGAUGCUACACCCUCAGACAGUUCAGUUGGCUCACAGGGAAACGCUGAAGACAGGAACACCACAGCAACCAAACCGGCAUUCCUCACACAGAUGUCGGUGGGGUUGGGGGGGGUAGAGAGGGGGGAGAGAAUGUCCGCCAUGUCGAGCAGCAGCAGCGGCGAGGAAUAUUCUAGACGAGCUCUGUCUUUAACCGACACGCUCAUAGGUAGCUCCGCCCCCCCGCGGCAGAACUCCUCAGGUCCUCAACGACGCAUUGAUCAGCCUCCUCCACCGUCCUCCGCUCCACCUGGUCCUCCCAGAGGCAGGACACCUCCCAGCAUGCUCAGUGGUUCCGCCUACCCACCGCGCCCCGCCUCAGGCAGCAUGAUGUCAUCAAGCCCCGAUUGGCCAAGCAGUGGCCAAUCACGGCUCAGACAGAUGUCAUCAUCAUCUAAAGGAGACAGCCCUGAGAAGCAACGGCCUGCUGCCAAGGCUCCAUCUCCCUGUGCACUGGAUCGAACUGCUGCCUGGCUGCUGAACAUGAAUUCUGCCUCUUCCUAUGGCGAGACAGAGGAAGAUCGUCAUGACGACGCACUGUUGGAGAAGUACCAGCAGGAGAUCGCACUGCUACAGGAGAAGCUGCGGGUCGCCGCUCUGAGACAGGAGGAGUGUGAGGCUCGCCUGAUGGUCCAGGAUCAGCAGAACCAACGCAUGCUUCAGGAGUACCAGUCUCGGCUGGAGGACACGGAGAGCAGACUCAGAAGGCUGCAGGAUGACAAAGACCUUCAGAUGAAUAGCAUCAUCAGCAGGUUGAUGGCGGUGGAGGAGGAGUUGAAGAAAGAUCACUCUGACAUGCAGGCGGUGGUCGACUCCAAGCAGAAGAUCAUAGAGGCCCAGGAGAAGAGAAUUGCGAGCCUCGAUGCAGCAAACACCCGUCUGAUGGCGGCUCUGACUCAGCUAAAGGAGCGGUACGCCGUGACAUCACAGAGGAACGGCCUGUCUCCUAGCAACACGUCGUCCCUGCAGAUUACAGAGAACGGAGAGUUCCGUAACUCUGGCAACUGCUGAGCAACUGUUAUCUGAGCUGUGAUUGUCUGUGAGUGCAGGGAAGGGACAGGCUUGACCACCGGGAUCAUGAAUGGGGUGGAGCUAACUUACUGACUCCUUAAAAAUAAAAAGAAUUUUAAAAAACCCACAGACCAAGCACCCUCUGAUCUGACCACUCCCCUGUUGCUAGGUUAUCCUUCACCUCCUCGUUUGUUUUGCAUGUUUCUCUUCGGACAUUCUAUGAAGUCUGACUUUGUUUCCUGUUUAUGUUGGGUACUUCCUAUAAGGAGGCAAAAAACAGCCAAAUUUAUUGCUGUUCGCCACCUGAUACAAUUCCUCCUGUAUAUGGCUCUGGUGUUUACAGGUGUCUGUUAAUGGUAACCAUAGCGACACACUGGUUCCUCCAGCUGGAGCCACAGUAUCAAUCUUUCUUUGACUCUUUAUCUUCAGAUCAUCAGUCCAGCAUUUCUUCAUCCGGGUUAGCCUAGCUUAGCACAAAGAAUGGAAGCAGGUGGAAAGUGUUAGCCAAGCUUCAAACCUUUCAGUGAUUGUGUUGGCCUCUCUGGGCUUCUGUAGCUUUGAAUAUUUAGUUCAUGUGGAUCAGAUAAGGUCCUCCAGAGUUAGAUGCUAGUUUGUGUUGUUUUAAAGAAUUUCAAUGUAAACAGCAGAUUUUAUUGUAAAACAGUAACAACUUUAAAUUGUGAUGAAUAGUUUGUGACCCCACACACAUGCACACACAACUGUCUCUGCUGUGCACACUGUGGCUUCUGUCUGUUCUGUAUUUAUGUUCCAGAUCCUCUUAUUGUUAUUUAUCUACAGUAUUUAUAAAGAGACAAUAAAAUGAUACAUCAUCAAA